UAUGUUUUCAGACAGCCUAUGAAGGAGGCAAACUUGAGCAGUGGACAUCUUUGUGCUUGCUCUCACUCCGCCCAGACUUUUCUGUGAGAACAGGUUGGCACACAGAGUACAGAGAAUAACGCGCAGCUGAGCUGGCAUCAUUACACGUUAGUUCUCUCUGCUCAACGCUUAUGAACAUGCGAGUAUAUUUGGCACUGAUGUUUGCGCUUUCCUUGCCUGGAUAUCUAGAUGCGCUUCAUGGAUUAUACGCCUUCGGUCAGCCCGAGCUUUUCCAGAAGAAGAGCAACUGCAAACCCAUACCUGCAAACCUGCUCCUGUGUCAUGAUAUCGAGUACACGGACAUGCGUCUGCCCAACCUCCUCGGACACGAAACCCUAAACGAGGUUCUGCAGCAGGCAUCUUCCUGGAUCCCUCUGGUGCAGAAGCAGUGUCAUCCGGACACCAAGAAGUUUCUCUGCUCGCUCUUCGCUCCGGUGUGUCUGGAUGAUCUGGACGAACCGAUUCAGCCGUGCAGGUCACUGUGUGAGAGCGUGAAGAGCGGCUGCGCUCCGGUGAUGGCCGCUUUUGGGUUCCCAUGGCCGGACAUGCUGGACUGCCAGCACUUUCCUUUGGAUAAUGACCUGUGCAUACCAACUGGUGGUGGAGAUCCUUUAGUGCCCGUCACUAAAGAAGUUCCAAGGGUGUGUGAUGCCUGCAAAGAAAAGCCUGAUAAUGACCACGAAAUAGUGGACAACCUUUGCAAGAAUGACUUUGCUCUAAAGAUCAAGGUCAAGGAGAUCUCCUACAUGAAUGGAGACACCAAGAUCAUUCCAGAAAGCAAGAGCAAGACCAUCUACAAGUUGAAUGGUGGUGUCACUGAGCGUGACCUCAGAAAGACAGUGCUUUGGCUGAAAGAUGGCCUUCAGUGUGUGUGUGACGAAAUGAAUGACAUCAACGCCGCCUAUCUGGUGAUGGGCCAGAAGAUGGAUGGAAAUUUGGUUAUCACGUCGCUGAAACGCUGGCAAAGGGGUCAACAAGAGUUUAAGAGAAUUUCUCGCAGUAUUCGUAAGCUUCAGUGCUAGGAAUGCUCAUUGAUGUUCUGAGCAAUCAAAUUAUCUUCUGAAAAUUAAGACCUAUAACAAUACCAUAGGUCUAUGUAAAAUUUCAUUCAAAACCUUAAUUACCAUUUUAAGAGCUGGCCAGUAGAGCUCAAGUUUCAGAAUGGCAGAGCUGUCACCCAGGGUAAAUCUCAAAAGGGACGAACCAUAGAUUCAUCACAGUUCCACUUGCCUUUUAUGAUCCCCUCAUGAGUUUGAUUUACUCUACCUGUCAAAUUUAAUCUGAACACAGCUUGCACGCUAGCAUAACCCGUUCUUCUCCUCUUUCACAGUUAACCGUAGUGUCUCAAACCAUAAUACGUACACGAUUUUUUUCUGGCAUAUGCUCUUCCUCUGCUGGCAUAAUUAUGAAACAAAGCUCUGUCAAUUUUCUGAAUGCAAGGUUAUCGUUUGCAACUGGAGUAUGAUAGCAAGUGAAUGUCCAAAACUCACAUCAUACUUACAGUAUACCUACAGGAGACAUUAAAUGAAAUUAAAUUCUAAGUGAGGCUUUGAAAUGGUAGGUGUGAAGAUUUCUGGUAGGCAGAAUAUUAUCCUGAAUUCCAACUCAAAUUAAUUAUGAGUCACGAGUCACAUACAAAUGUUGAUGGUGAACAGAGUGCAUGUCAUUGCACAGGUGCCGAUCUGUUCAAGGGUAGAGGCAUACAGUAGCAGUCUCCAAAGCCAUUCUAUUUGCUAUAGAUCCCACCACCCUGUAACAAAUAAGGUUAAGAAACAUGUUUCUAAGGAAUGCAUGAGAUACAUGGUUUCUAUUCUGCCAACAAAAAAAUAAGUGUGUUUAAAUAAGUAAUUUUGCUAUAAGUACUUUUAUCAGCACAAUGAGAUAGCUGGCUCUAUUCUCAAUGUUUUAAAAAUGAUCCAGUGAAACUAGCCUCUGGAGCAUGAUCAUGUAAGUUAAAGGGAUAGUUCACCCAAAAAUGAAAAUUCUCUCAUCAUUUACUCACCCUCAUGAUAUCCCAGAUGUGUAUGACUUUCUUUCAUCUAAUGAACACAAAUGAAGAUUUGUAGAAAAGUAUCUCAGCUCUGUAGGUCCAUACAAUGCAAGUGAAUGGGUUCCAAAAUUUUGAAGCUCCAAAAAUCACAUAAGUCAGUAUUUAAGUAAUCCAUACGACUCCAGCGGUUAAAUCAAUCUUCAGAAAUGAUAUGAUAGGUGUGGGUGAGAAACAGAUCAAUAUUUAAGUCUUUUUUUACUAUAAUUUAUCCUCCUUGCUCAGUCAAUCUCCACUUUCACAUUCUUCUACUUGUGUUUUUGGUGAUUCACAUUCUUCAUGCAUAUCGCCCCCUACUGGGUGGGAGAAUAUUUUCUGUCAAAAAAGGACUUGAAUAUUGAUCUGUUUCUCACCCACACUUAUCAUAUCACUUUUGAAGACAUUGAUUAAUCCACUGGAGUUUUAUGGAUUACUUUUAUGCUGCCUUUAUGUGCUUUUAGGAGCUUCAAAGAUUUGGCACCUGCUCACUUGCAUUGUAUGGACCUACAGAGCUGAAAUAUUCUUCUAAAAAUAUUUAUUUGAGUUCUGCAGAAGAAAGUAAGUCAUAAACAUCCGGGAUGCCAUGAGGGUGAGUAAAUGAUGAGAGGUUUCAUUUUUGGUUGAACUAUCCCUUUAAUGUGACUGCUUUAACUUCUGCCCAGACUAGAUAAAGAUGUUCAGUAGACCUACAAAUGCAUGUGUUUUUUCUCUGUGUUUUUGACUUCUCUCUACUUGAACCUAAAUACUGCACUGUUCCUGUGUUAUGCUCUUUGAAUUACAAUAAGCAAUUUUAUAUUGUUUUUGUUUAUUUCCUUCCUGUGUCAGUUGUGGUGAUAAUGUUGUACUAAAGGGGUCUAUUUGUUGUUAUGCUCUCAAAGUUGUUAGUUGUGUACUUAUGUUUUUGGCCAAUGAAUACCCAAUAUUAGAGGAAAGUCACAUGCUGGUAAAACCGCAGAGACAUAUUUUUUCCUGUCUUUACUUUUCUGUCUCAGACUGCCCAGAUGUAUGAGCAAUGCUGAUUCAAUUGAAUUUUAUUAUGCAGAGAUUGGUUAGUGAAAAAAAAAAUCUCAUAAUAUCUAAACUUGGUGAUACUCUGUAAAUAUUUAGAUAAGAUUUUUAUUCUUGUACAAAACUUGUAGCAUUAGAUUUUUUUUUUUUUUUUUUCUCACAGUAACAAAAUGUUCAUCGUUAUAUCAGUGUUAAGAGGACUGGUGCAUUUAUUAACAUCCACUGUCAUAUGUAACUUGAUCACUGAUGAUUUGUAUAACUUGAAUUUAGAUAACACACAAAACAAAAAUAACAGCAAAUAAAGAAAAAAUCACAA